UAUGUAUACACAGGCUGAUGAAAAGGAAGUUUCAACACACUUUCACUUUCUAAGAGCAAGAACGAGAGACGAAAGCCAUGGCUGACAUGGUUCUGAAGUCAAAGAGGAAGGUGUUUAUCCAAUCAGUGAGCACUGGCACAAUAAACAGCUUGUUGGAUGAACUAUUGGACAAAAAUGUGCUGAGCCCGGAGGAGAUGGAGAUAGUAAAAUAUGAAAAUCACACAGCUAUGGAUAAGGCCCGACAUUUGAUCGACUCCGUCAUUCGGAAAGGACACCAUGCAAGCCAAAUAUUUAUCAUUCAAAUUAGUACAUGUGACCCCCACCUUGAAAAGAAGCUGGGGCUCUCCUCAGACAUGGUUGGACCAGCUGAGCCAGCAGAAGAAUCUAGAGAUACUCUGAAGCUUUGUCCUCGUGAAGAAUUCCUGAAAGUGUGUAAAGAAAGGGCUGACGAGAUCUAUUCAAUAAAGGAUGGAAAGGACCGCACUCGUCUGGCUCUCAUUAUAUGCAACAGAGAGUUUGAUCAUCUUCCUCCGAGGGGAGGGGCUGAGCUUGACAUCACAGGGAUGAAGAGGCUUCUUGAGGGCCUUGGCUAUAGUGUGGAAGUGGAAGAGAAUCUCACAGCCAAGGAGAUGGAGUCAGUGCUGGAGGCAUUUGCUGCCCGCCCAGAGCACAAGUCUUCAGACAGCACAUUCUUGGUGUUCAUGUCUCAUGGCAUCCUGACAGGAAUUUGUGGGACUCUGCACAGAGAUGAAAACCCAGAUGUGCUGCUGUAUGACACCAUCUUUCGGAUGUUCAACAACUGCCACUGCCUCAGUCUAAAGGACAAACCGAAGGUCAUCAUUGUCCAGGCCUGCAGAGGUGCAAACCAAGGGGUAGUGUGGGUCAGUGACUCUCCAGAAGCCUUGGCAGACAGCUCUUCACAGCCACGUGGGGACCUGGAGGAGGAUGCUGUUCAAAGAGCACACGUGGAGAAGGACUUCAUUGCUUUCUGCUCCUCAACCCCACAUAACAUAUCCUGGAGAGACAGCAAAAAGGGUUCAUUCUUCAUUUCACAACUGAUCACAUGCUUUCAGAAAUAUUCUUGGUGCUGUCACCUUGAGGAAGUAUUUCGGAAGGUACAACGGUCAUUUGAAAAGCCAGAUGUUGAAGCUCAGAUGCCCACCAUUGAACGAUUAUCCAUGACAAGAUAUUUCUACCUCUUUCCUGGCAACUGAAAACAAAUUUUAGGAUAUCUAGUGUACAAAAUUGAUGGUUUCAGGAAGCUCACACUGUAAUUAAUGGAGACCGACUCUAAAUACACAAACUGAUAUACAUCAGAAAGUGAUCAGAGCUAAGAAGAAAAAUAAAGAAGGUAAAAGAAAUGAAACAGAUGGGUGCUGUUUGUGCUAUAAUAGAUUCUACAGGACAGUCUUCUUUGAAGUAAGGAAAUAAUGACAUUAGAACAGAGCAUGGACUGAGUUGGGUAGUAAAUCCUGUGAUUCUAUACAGAAAAAGCAUUCUAGUGCAGGGACUAGCUAAUACAAAGCCCGGAGGCAGAAAUGUAGUCACAUGUUUUUUUCUUUGAUUAAAAAAAUAUGUUAUUGUUUAUGCUAUGACAGUCGUCCCACUUUUCCUCCCUGCCAAAAUGCAGUGGGCUGGAGGAGAAUGAGAAUAGGGGACAUGACAGAGACAAAUUGAGGAACACGGGGAAAAUCCUGAUCACAUGGUAAAUGUUCUAAAAUUUUUAUCCUGAAUGAAAUUAGAAACCAUUUGACCAGAGAAAUGAGAUCAUAUGAUUAGAUUUUUCCAAAGCCCAGCCUGAGUACUGUCUAUGAAUACACUACAGUUGUCCCUGUUUCAAGUCAAGGGAAAUGGGAAAACCAUAUGGAAGAGGAUGAAAAAAGAAAAAGAAUCAUAAGGGAUAAAUUGAGGCUUGUUACUAUUCUGAUCUUCUGUUCUUUUUUCUU